AUGCCUCCUACUUCGAACAUUCGCAAGACUUCGCUCGCCUCGUAUCCUCCUCCUCCCACCGAGAACGGCACGUCCAAUGUCUCCAAACGCACCGCCUCAGGUCGCGCGAUUCGCACGAAUACCACACGACCCACCAACUACUAUGCGAGACACUUCGGUGGUGCGGGCCUGGCAGUAGACAACGAUGCCAGCGAAGCACCAGAACCAGGAUUCUUUCCUGCGCUACAAUUUUUCAGCGACGCCAUCACUGCACUACCCAAGGAGAUGGUCCGCCAUAGCACGCUCAUAAAAGAGGCAGAGGGCAAGGUGCAUGGGCCUAACGAGCGGUUGAGUGGAAUGGUGGAGAGGCUGCUGGAGAUGCCUAUACCUGCGCGACGGGACAAUGGAGGUGCGCAUUUGGGACAGUUGGGUGCAGGAGGACUGCUGAGCUUUACUGCCGCGAACAGUACCACUGGGAGCACGAACGUGAGUCUGAUUAAUGGUGUUGCAGGAGGUGGUGCGCAUUUGUCUGCUGUCAACUCGGUCGCGGGGUCAGUGAUUGGGGACGAGGAUACAGAAGAGGAUUUGGUCAGGCGGAGAGCGUUCCACGAGCUGCGAUUGCUCAUUCAUGGCAUGCUCCCGAAUUUGGAGGAGAAGACGGCGGUCUUGACCGAGGCGAAUCGUGUACUUGCGGUGCAGCUCGCGCGUGUGGACUCGGUCAUGCCGCAUAUCGACAAUGAGAUUAGUGAAGAGGCGAGGUUGGGGAGCAUGACGCACUGGGCGUACAGCGAUAACAGAGUGAAGAAGCAUCCGAUGCCUGUGCCUUCGCGUAGAGACAUCGCAGCGACGAAUAGUCUGGCUGCUGUGGCUGCGGCAUUUCAUGAGACGGAAAUCGCGCAGGCCAGACGAGAGGCUGGAAAGGAGGCGAGUAGGGAUAAAGUGAAAGGGAAGAGAGGACAAGCGGCUGCGGAUCAUGUGGACUCGGAGUUCGAGGAGCGGCCGAAGAAGGUCAUCAAGGGUGCGAAGGGCAAGGCUGCAACGAUGGGUCUGGGUAUCUUGGCGAACGGCGAGCCGGUGAAGAGACGCAGGGUGGAUAAGAGUAUGCUUGCGCCAGCUAUGGAGCGUAUGGCGAGUCAAAAUUCGGCCAAGGGCAGCAAAGCGAACAGAGAUACUCCGCGUAGUACACCAGCUGUUGAGCCAGGCAAGAAGCAGCCGAAAGCGAAACCAGCACCUCUUCCUCCGAAGAAGAAGUUGCUCAAUAGUGCGCAGAACAGUCCAGCGCUCGCGAGCAGUCCGCUACAUAGCUCCUUCAAUGCGAACAAUAUGGAGCCACCGCCCAAUGGGAGGUCGCAGACCAAGAGGCUACGGAACAACAGCACUACAAAUUUGCGGCAUGAGAGAUUGGUUGGUGGAGAAAGCAGUCGGCCGACCUCUGCGGCUGGUAAGGCGAGCAGUAAUGGUGAGAAGGCGACUAGUAGCAAGAAAAAGACUGUGCAUGACGAAGAGCGCAGACAGGCUUCCGAGCGGGCAAAUGCUGCGAAGACUACCGAGCCGAACGACGACCUCAAGAACGAAGAUGUCGAGAUGGCGGAUGCAGGCGCACGACCAACACCUUCUCGAUCGAAUUCUGGGAAGAACGCCGCAAUAGCAAGCACAGGACCCCGUGGCUCGAAACCAGGCACACCACGCAAUGGUGACAGUUUCGUCGCACCCGAUGCGACAAGUAUGCUUCGUACGCGAUCCGCGAGAAGUCUGCGCGGUAAUGGGCGGGAAGACAGUGGUUCUGAUACGCCGAACGACCGUGAAGUAGCUUGCGGUGGUGUGGGGAUGCCUGCGGGUAGUAGAGGACAUCAUAAGCGGGUGGCUAGUAAUAGUCAUCUUAUCAAGCAACUUGCACCUUUCAAUCGCAGCCCGGAUGCGGACCGGCAUAGGGGGAGUAGUGAGGAGAGUGGAGAUGGUAACGGGGAGGGCAGAAGCGGAAGUAGGGAGAGAAAGAGAGAGGAGGCGGGUGAGGAGGACCAGGUGCAGAGGGGACAUGAGAGUCGGCCUAUCAGUAGGCGGGACACGCAGACCACGGGCCCGCCUCCAGGCAUGGUUGAGUUGCCUGAGGCGGAGGGUAUGGAGACUAGAGUUGGCAAUGCAAUCGCUGCGUCUAGUCCUCCGAGGAACGAGGACCUCCCAGAAGAGGCGCCAGAGCUGGAGAGUGAUAAUGGUGAUGAGGCGUCUAUCGAUGAAGAAGAGAUCUCGCCUGCGCCGUCCAUCGAGCAUGGUCACCCUCCUACUGGGCCGGCACCGGACUUGAUUUCCGAUCGGGAUGAUAACGAUGUUGAUGAGGAAGACGAGGACCUGGAUGAGCCGCACCAACUACCGGAGAGUAGCCAUCAUACUUCCCACAACGCCUCCCACAACCCUUCACCCUCAGCAACACCCCAUCCCUCCUCCGAACCCGAAGCCGAACCCGACACCGAACUCUCACCCAACCCCGAGAUCCUCAACGACGAAGAAGAAGACCAAGAAGAGGAGGCAGAAGACAGCGACGAGCACGACCCCGACGACCCCAAUGAACCGAAAUACUGCUACUGUGACCGCGGCUCCUAUGGCGAAAUGGUCGCGUGCGAUAAUGCCAAGUGUGUGCGAGGGUGGGGUUUGGUGGGGGGAGGAGGGGACGGGGGAGGGGUGGUGGGGGUGGCAGGGGAAGAGGUUAGGGUAGGGUUGGGAUAUGAUGUGAGAUGGGAGAUGGGAGAUGAGAGAUGA